AUCUAUGUAGGCUAUAGAUAGUCGCGUGCGCCUGAACAGACCGGAUUAGUAUAUUGGCAAAUGUGUACUUUUUAACAUAGUCAAUAAUAUUUCUUUUAACAAUGGGUAUAUUAGAAAAAAUAUCGGAAAUUGAAAAGGAAAUCGCAAGGACGCAAAAGAACAAAGCAACGGAAUACCAUUUGGGACUUUUAAAAGCAAAAUUAGCGAAAUAUAGAUCGCAAUUACUGGAACCUACUAAAAAAUCGGAAAAAGGAGAAGGUUUUGAUGUAUUAAAAUCGGGUGAUGCAAGAGUAGCAUUAAUUGGCUUCCCCUCUGUGGGAAAAUCUACGUUACUCAGUACAUUAACGCAUACGGAGUCCGAAGCCGCAUCUUAUGAAUUUACUACUUUAACUUGUAUUCCUGGAGUAAUAGAGUAUAAAGGCGCAAACAUUCAAUUGCUCGAUCUACCGGGUAUCAUUGAGGGAGCUGCGCAGGGUAAAGGAAGAGGCAGACAAGUUAUAGCUGUUGCCAGAACAGCGGAUUUAGUUUUAAUGAUGUUGGAUGCUACUAAACAAGAUGUACAGCGACAACUAUUAGAGAAAGAAUUGGAAUCUGUUGGCAUACGACUUAAUAAGAAAAAACCCAAUAUAUAUUUUAAAAUUAAAAAAGGAGGAGGAUUGGCUUUUAAUUCAACGUGCCCAUUGACCAAAGUCGAUGAAAAAUUAGUCCAAAUGAUAUUACACGAAUAUAAAAUUUUUAAUGCAGAAGUACUGUUUCGCGAGGACUGCAGCGCUGAUGAAUUGAUCGAUGUUAUUAAUGCAAAUAGGGUAUAUCUACCGUGUCUUUAUGUAUAUAAUAAAAUAGAUCAAAUAUCAAUAGAAGAGGUAGACAGGAUUGCACGACAACCAAACAGCGUUGUAGUGAGUUGUAAUAUGAAGUUAAAUCUUGAUUUCUUACUGGAAACUCUCUGGGAAUAUUUAUCUCUAAUAAGAGUAUAUACAAAGAAACCUGGCCAGCCGCCUGACUUCGAAGAUGGACUAAUUCUGAGAAAAGGCGUCACAGUAGAACACGUCUGCCAUUCUAUUCAUCGUACGCUCGCCCAGCAAUUCAAAUAUGCUCUCGUUUGGGGUACUAGUACCAAGUAUUCUCCUCAAAGAGUCGGAUUACAACAUAUUAUGCACGACGAAGAUGUUAUACAAAUUGUUAAAAAAUAAAUUUUAAUUAGAAUAUCAUAAGGGGGGGGGGAAGAGAAGAAGAAAAAAGAAUUGUACAUGCGCUAAUACAUUUCUCAUUCCAUUUCAUCGAUU